AAUUUACGGCAUUUUUUCUUUUUUCCCUUAUAGGAGGUAAGCAUGGGCAAGAAGAGCCAAACAAAGCCAAAGACGUUUGUGCCUCACUCGUCGGCGUCAGGUGGAGGGAAGCAAAAGAGCCUGAAAACCCCAAAAAGCUUCGACUUUUUCACACUCUGUGGACAACAAACAAAGAAGAAGAAGAAGAAAAAUUGGAGCUUGUUCACGAUCUGGGUCUUCUUUCAAAUCCUCUAAUUCUGCUUAUAUAGCUCCUGAUUCGAAGUAUCUUCCACAAGCUCGAACUGUGUCAAAAUUAGGGUUUAAGACCCACUUCAUGAAUUAGGGUUCUCUUUGCUACCAACUAUGCGUUUCCCGUAGAUUUGAGCUUUAUAAGGAAUUGGGUGUGAUCUUUUUUUUCACUCUGUCCUUGCUUGGGGAAGUUCUUUAAGAGGUUUGAAUUUUCGGCUCCUGCUGUUGUCUGGUUCUUUGUUCUUGGUUGAUAUUGCAUAAAGUUGCAGUCUUUUGUUUUCUGAUUUUUGAGUUGAGGAUUUCUUUUACGGCUUUUGGGUUAUGAAAGUAGAAUGUUAGACUUUUGGUGGUUUUAGAUUUGUUUUUGGCUGUAGAGAUAUUAUGUCUGUGAACAGUAAUAAUCAGCCUAAGAGCCUUGGGGUUGGUUCUUCAUCCCCAUUUGGUAAUGCUGGGAUGGUAGCCCCAUCUAUGGGUGGAAACCCAACAUUUUCACAAUCACAAGCUCAUAUUGCUGCUGGCUUUCAAAACCAGUUUCAGCUGUCCCAAGCUCAAGCCAUUGCCCAGGCACAGUCAAAAGCUCAAGCUCAGGUUCAAGCUGCUCAUGCUCAAUUCCAAGCUCAGUUGCAAGCACAGGGUCUCACUCUUAACCAGAACCAAGGCAUUGCAAAUCUUGGUUCUUCUUCACCCUCGCUUUCGACACCCGGUAAUUCAGGCUUGAAGCGAUUUCCUCAAAAACCUCCUAUGCGGCCACCGGGUAUUUCCCCAACGAACAUGCUCUCAUCUUUGAGAACAAUGGAACUCACACCUGCUGCUCGUAGAAAGAAGCAGAAGCUCCCAGAGAAGCAGCUGCAAGAUAAAGUUUCUGCAAUUCUGCCUGAAUCUGCUCUGUACACCCAGCUUCUUGAGUUUGAGGCUCGUGUUGAUACUGCUCUUUCUAGAAAGAAGGUUGAUAUUCAGGAAGCCCUUAAAAGCCCACCUUGCAUUCAGAAAACCCUUCGCAUUUAUGUGUUUAACACUUUUGCUAAUCAGAUUCGUACAAUACCAAAGAAGCCCAAUGCUGAACCCCCUACUUGGACUCUUAAGAUAGUUGGGAGAAUCUUGGAAGAUGGGAUAGAUCCGGAUCAGCCUGGAGUUGUACAGAAAACAAACCCCUUAUACCCAAAGUUCUCAUCUUUCUUCAAGAGAGUAACCAUUUCCCUGGACCAGAGGCUAUACCCUGAUAACCACAUCAUUAUGUGGGAAAAUGCACGGUCACCUGCACCUCAUGAGGGCUUUGAGGUAAAGAGAAAAGGGGAUAAAGAAUUUACGGUGAAUAUUCGCUUGGAAAUGAAUUACAUGCCGGAGAAAUUUAAGCUUUCACAACCCCUAAUGGAAGUUCUUGGAAUUGAGGUUGAUACCCGCCCGAGAAUAAUAGCUGCAAUCUGGCAGUAUGUGAAGGCUAGGAAGUUGCAGAACCCGAAUGAUCCUUCUUUCUUUUACUGUGAUCCACCUCUUCAAAAAGUAUUUGGGGAAGAUAGGAUGAAAUUUACGAUGGUCUCUCAGAAGAUUUCUCAACAUUUGUUCCCUCCUCAACCCAUACAUUUGGAGCAUAAGAUCAAGCUUUCAGGAAACAGUCCGGUGGGAACUGCUUGUUAUGAUGUAUUGGUUGAUGUUCCUUUUCCAAUUCAGAGGGAGUUGUCAGUUCUAUUGGCCAACUCAGAGAAGAACAAAGAGAUUGAUGCUUGCGAUGAAGCAAUUUGCUCAGCAAUAAGAAAAAUCCAUGAGCACCGUCGAAGGCGGGCCUUUUUCCUUGGGUUCAGUCAAUCACCAGUUGAAUUUAUCAAUGCUUUGAUUGAAUCUCAAAGCAAGGAUCUGAAGCUUGUAUCUGGAGAAGCAAGCCGCAGUGCUGAAAAGGAGCGCCGGUCAGAUUUCUUCAGCCAACCGUGGGUUGAAGAUGCAGUUAUCCGAUAUCUAAAUCGCAAGCCGGUCACAGGAAGUGAUGCUCCGGGAAGUACAUGAGAGAAGUGUGGAGCUAUUUCUAGGGUAGAUAGUUGUGGUUUUCCUUUCAAUUUGGAGCCAAAUAUGGGGGGGGAAAAAAAAUCAGAUGUAACAUGUAUAUCUUGAUUGGAGUAUAUUAUUAUUGUAGAGAAGGGAGGAAGCUACUUGAGGGGUAAAAUGAACACGAUAUGUUUUGUAACUCUUUUUAACUAUUAAUUGUCGGUGGAUUUGUUAUGCUAAUUAUGCUUUGUUGCUUAAUUUUCAUACACAGAAAUUGUAUCA